AUGGCGUACCCCCUGGAGAAGGCCCUCGAUGUGAUGGUGUCCACCUUCCACAAGUACUCGGGCAAGGAGGGCGACAAGUUCAAACUCAACAAGUCUGAGCUAAAGGAGCUGCUGACCCGGGAGCUGCCCAGCUUCCUGGGGAAAAGGACGGAUGAAGCUGCGUUCCAGAAACUGAUGAGCAACCUGGACUGCAACAAGGACAACGAGGUAGACUUCCAGGAGUACUGUGUCUUCCUGUCCUGCAUCGCCAUGAUGUGCAAUGAGUUCUUCGAAGGUUUCCCUGAUAAGCAACCCCGGAAAAAAUGA